CCCUUGUGACCUUUGAGCCAGCCUCGAGUCUCCUAGGUGUGGGGAGUAGGGGUGGAGUCAGGAUCUCAGCGGCCUUUCUCCCAGAGUUUGAGUCUAGCCAGCCUUUUCAAUCCCGCGGCUCAUUUCCGGUGUGGGGGGGCGGGGGAGUUACCGCGCCCAGGGAGGGCCCGGAAGUGGGUCGCGCGGAGAUUGCUGGGCGGUUCUUACCGGAAGUGGAGAGCCGCUGAUCGCUGAACCGAGGUGAGGCACAACUCCUAAGGUUGUACAUAAUGGCUGAUAUGCAAAAUCUUGUAGAAAGACUGGAGAGGGCAGUGGGCCGCCUGGAAGCAGUAUCCCAUACCUCUGACAUGCACCGUGGGUAUGGAGACAAUCCUUCAAAAGGAACAGCUCCAUAUGUGCAAGCCUUUGACUCCCUGCUUGCUGGUCCUGUGGCAGAGUACUUGAAGAUCAGUAAAGAGAUCGGAGGAGAUGUGCAGAAACAUGCGGAGAUGGUCCAUACAGGCCUGAAGUUGGAACGAGCUCUCCUAGUUACAGCUUCUCAGUGCCAGCAGCCCGCCAAUGUAAGUGCUCCCAAACCUGCCCCCUAUGUGAAAGAAAUGAAUGAUGCUGCAGUGUUUUAUACAAACCGAGUCCUCAAAGAAUACAAAGAUGUGGAUAAGAAACAUGUGGACUGGGUCAAAGCCUACUUGAGUAUAUGGACAGAGCUGCAGGCAUAUAUCAAGGAGUUCCAUACCACUGGAUUGGCCUGGAACAAAACGGGGCCCGUGGCAAAAGAACUGAGUGGAUUGCCAUCUGGACCCUCUGUUGGAUCAGGUCCCCCUCCCCCUCCACCAGGCCCACCUCCCCCACCUGUUCCUACCAGUUCAGGCUCUGAUGACUCUGCCUCCCGCUCAGCACUGUUUGCGCAGAUAAAUCAGGGGGAGAGCAUCACACAUGCCCUGAAGCAUGUAUCUGAUGAUAUGAAGACUCACAAGAACCCUGCCCUGAAAGCUCAGAGUGGCCCAGUACGCAGUGGUCCCAAACCAUUCUCUGCACCUAAACCCCAAACCAGCCCAUCUCCCAAACCAGCCACAAAGAAGGAGCCAGCUCUACUUGAAUUGGAGGGCAAGAAAUGGAGAGUGGAAAAUCAGGAGAAUGUUUCCAACCUGGUAAUUGAUGACACAGAGCUGAAGCAGGUGGUUUACAUAUACAAGUGUGUCAACACAACAUUGCAAAUCAAGGGCAAGAUUAACUCCAUUACAGUAGAUAACUGUAAGAAACUUGGUCUGGUAUUCGAUGAUGUGGUGGGCAUUGUGGAGAUAAUCAAUAGUAGAGAUGUCAAAGUUCAGGUAAUGGGUAAAGUGCCAACCAUUUCCAUUAACAAAACAGAUGGCUGCCAUGCUUACCUGAGCAAGAGUUCUCUGGAUUGUGAGAUAGUCAGUGCCAAAUCUUCUGAGAUGAAUGUUCUCAUUCCUACAGAAGGCGGUGACUUUAAUGAAUUCCCAGUCCCUGAGCAGUUCAAGACCUUAUGGAAUGGGCAAAAGUUGGUCACCACAGUGACAGAAAUUGCUGGAUAAGCCAAGUGCCAGUGGGUUCUUUGCCCUCUCCCUUCACACCAUGGGAUAAAUCUGUAUCAAGACGAUUCUUUUCUAGAUUUCCUCUACCUUUCUGCUCUUAACUGCUUCUCUGCUCUGAGAAGCCCAGCUACCUGCCUUCACUGAAUAUACCUCAGGCUGAGAUUUGGGGUGGGACAGCAGGGCAGUUGAUCUUCUGCAGGAAGGU